AUGAUAGAGUUUGAUCCAAAUGCAAAGUUUCUAUUCAUUGCAUAAGUCUAUAAUCUCAUUGUAGAUCUAUUUAUACCAAAAUUUGCAGACUCAGUUGUUGUCUUGACAGGGUUUUCCGAAAAAUCUUCGACAUCAAAGAAUCUAUUAGUAUAUAUAACCCUUAGAAAGGAAUUCGUUACUGCAUAUUAAAUUUUCUCAGUAUCGUUCGAACAAACUGAGCCUUUGUACUUUUAUUCAAGAAGUUCCUAAUCACAAGGACUUAAAUAGAGUGAUAGAUGCUACAAAGACCCAAUGAAGUCAAUAGGAAUUUAACUCUUCAUGCAGUAUAAUUCUACAUUGUUUUAAGUUAGUUCAUCCAGCUCAACUUGGAAUGAUUGGGAAUUUAAUAACCUGCUUUUAUCGCAUUUAAUCAGUUCUAAUCAUAUAUCUUCUCCUGUGGGUGUUGAUAUUGCAGCAUAUAUUCUGAAAUAUUAGUAAAUAUUUACUGAUUUAUUUUACUCCUUCCAAUCCGAGGGAUGCUCUAAAGCAAAUGCCCAGUCAAACAUCUAUUAACUAAUAGGAAUCCUUUAACUUGAGACGUCAUCAUAGCUUAUUAUUGAUUUAAUUGUACUCUUAUUUUAAAAGAUGUCGUUAAGCUGA